UCUGGAAGGUGUGAAAGGUAUAUUUAUAAAAUGGCAGCGCCCAUGAGAAGUGUCGCAUUUGCUUGUAAAUUUUGUGGUAGGGAGUAUUUACAAAAUAUAUAUGUUGCUAGAAACAGAUCUCUCUAUAGUACAAAGCAUCAGUCAUCGAAAUGGGAGAGUGUAAUUGGUUUGGAAGUUCAUGCCCAGAUUUCAUCAGAAAGCAAACUUUUUUCUGGAUCAUCUACUAAAUUUGCUGCACCAAUAAACAGCCAAGUUUCUUUUUUUGAUGCAGCAAUACCAGGAACAUUACCUGUGCUAAACAGAAGAUGUGUUGAAGCGGGUGUAAAGACAGCGUUGGCACUAAAAUCUAAAAUUAACCAAGUUUCGAAGUUUGAUAGAAAACAUUAUUUUUAUGCAGACUUGCCAACAGGUUAUCAGAUUACACAACAGAGGGAACCAAUAGGUGUUGGAGGUCAGGUAGAUUUUAUUGUAUUUGAUCCUACUGUUAGUAAGGAACCAAUGACAAAAACAGCCAACUUAGUUCAAAUACAGCUAGAGCAAGACAGUGGUAAAAGUCUACAUGAUGAUGAAGAUAAAAAAAGUCUUAUUGAUCUUAACAGAGCUGGAAUAGCACUAAUGGAGAUUGUUACACAGCCCGAUUUUACUACUGGAGAAGAAGCUGCUGGUUUUGUGAAAGAACUUCAGAAAAUCCUGCAAAUUAUUGGAACUUGUGAUGGCAAAAUGUCAGAGGGAUCAUUGAGAGUGGAUGCGAAUAUAUCUGUAAAUAAACCAGGAGAAGCCUAUGGUACCAGAACAGAAGUUAAAAAUCUCAAUAGUAUAAGAUAUAUGGUCAAAGCUAUAGAGUAUGAAAUCAAAAGACAAAUUAAAGAGCUUGAAGCUGGAAAUAAAAUUACAACAGAGACAAGGAAUUUUGAUGUUAAUACAGGCAAGACAAUUGCCAUGAGAGAUAAAGAAAAGGUUUUAGACUAUCGUUUUAUGCCAGAGCCUAAUCUACCACCAUUACAUAUAUAUAACAGUCAGUCAUUACCAGCUGAUAUCCCAUCAGACAGAGUAGUCCUUACUGACCAGUUACAAAAUAACAUACCAGAAUUACCCAGUGAGAAACGGAACCGUCUUCAAAAGAAAUAUGAAGAUAUAUCAUUAGUUACUAUUGCUACUUUAGUUAAUGAUGAUAGUUUGUUAAAAUAUUUUGAAGAAGUUAUUAAAGAUGGUAAACGGAAUGUAAAGAGAGUAGCUUCAUUGCUUACUCAUCAAUAUCUGGGACAGUUAAAGGCUGUAGAGAUGCAUGCUGAAGACAGUCCCUUGUCUGUUGAAGAUUUUAAAGAGUUUUAUGAUAUUGUAGAGGCUGAUGUCAUUUCUACAGAGACAAUCAGUAAAGUAUUAGCAUUAAUGUUAUCAAGACCUGAUAGUAAAGUUAAAGAUAUUAUAGAAAAAGAGAAUUUAUAUCAAAUAACUGAUCCAGAAGACAUCAAAUCACUUUGUAAACUCAUUAUUAAAAAUAAUCCAAAAUUGGUAAGGAGUAGUAAACGAGGUAAGGUGGCUGCCUUUAACAGUAUAUGUAGUAGAGUAAUGAAAGAAUGUCAGGGAAAAACAAAUCUGGAUAAAGUUGAAGAAACAAUGGUAAAGUUACUUAAAGAAGAACAGAGUUAAUUGUGUUAUAUUUUCAUAAAAGCAGUGAAAAAACAUUGUGUAUUUAAAGUUUUAAAACCCAGUUACAUAUGAUUUUGUACAGUUGAUCAAAUUGAAUUUUUUAGUAAGUCUCAGAAAAUUUUCAAAAAUUCCUUUCGAGAUAUGUGAUAAGGAGUAUGUCUUGGAUACCCCCACAACCAACAGAAAUAAUUGCAUCUUAGCCCCGACCAGAAAGCGAAAAAUUAGCUCAUGAAGCUUAGCAUUGACUGCAAAAUAAUAAAAUUAAUUUUCUUUGACUAUCGAAUAAUAAGUCCGCAUCAGAAUUGUACAAAAAUGGAAGAAAAAAGUGCAUGUAUAUUUUAAAUGGCUUGUUUACAUCAAAGAUGCUUUAUGUAAAAGCUAAAUCUGCCUAUUGCAGAUCUUUCUUUUGGCUUCAAAUGUUAUAUAAACUAUUAAUUAGACAUUUAUUCACAUGGCAAGCUAAUAAUUAACUCUCUAGAUUAUCGGAUGGACAAGAUUUAAGUGGAUCGAAUCACGAUUGCCAUUUAAUAAUUUAAUUUAAAAAUGAAUAAUCUAGACUCAGUCUCCUUUGUCAAGUAAGACAAUAAACAAUCUACGCGACAUCUUCAAACACUGAUAACUUCGCUCAGAAUAAAGUAAUUUGACUGAAAUCUUCAAUUUAUUCUUUCUUCAUUAUCUAUUUUGGAACUAUUAUAGCAAUAAUGACCAGCUAUGUAUCUAAAUCUCACAUAAUGAUUGUGUGAUGUCUUGUGUGUUAACUUGUAUCAUAAACCUAAAUAAAAAUAUUAAAAUAUUA